UUCGUAAAGUUUAAAGGCGCACUUUCAACCAGAGAAGCAAUUGAUUGCAGGGAAACUCGCCGGCGGGCCCUCAUCCCACUCUCCCACUCCUGACCGCCUCACCGUCCUCGCCACCGCCUGACUGGCGUCCUCAUGGACCGCCCCGCAGAAGCCAGCGCCGCCAGCACCAUUCCGGACAGCGACGCAUGUGUGGCCCACCUGAAAGCCUCUCUAGCACUCGAGCGGCUCAGAACGCUGGCAAUCCAGCGGCUGGAGCACGAUGAGCGGCUGCGGCAAAGCAUAGAGGAGGCCGUGCUGCACAGCAGGGCUUUCACAACAUUUUCUGGGGAGCACAGCAACCGGCACCUGAUCGGCAGCCUGCAGGCGGAGCUAGGGGCCGACCUGUCGCGUGAAGCGCUGCGAGCACUGUGGCGGGUCCUCACCGAAGCUGAGGGCGGCAUGUCGAGCCAGAUAGACGAUGCCAUCCGUGCUGCGCUGUGCCAGCUGCAUGCACAGGAGCUGCAGCCGCAUCCUAACGCGGCAAAGAAAGUAGACUAACGUGUUACGGGUCAAAAAGAUUGUCAAUAAAGAAAAGAAUUGGAGGUGAAAUUGGUUCUGUGUGGCAGCACGAUGCAACAACCCUUAAGGUUGACUGGGUUCGAUGGAUUCCAUGGAUAUGGAUCGAGAUCGAGAAGGAUGCACUGAAAUGCACUGAAAUGCACUGAAUGGGGGCAUGGUGGUCUUGGAAGCUUGGUGCGCCUUGGUCAAAUUGAGAGAAAUAGAUGUGACGGAGGAGUAGUAAGGUACAGCAGCGGGGGUGAUGGAUGGAGGGCGGAAAAGUGGGUGGAAAGACCUGUGGCGCGUAUCAAUCGAGCUGGGACAAGGCAGCACGGCACCAAUACUUUGCGUUUCAUUGGAGGGGUUGAGGUUGACGGUGCAAGGGGGUGUGGUAAAUGCAACAGCCACGGGAAAUGGGCACGAACAACGCACCGAUGGGAAAGGGGUGCAGAAGAAGCAAGAAAUGGGACAGCAUUGGGAGCUUGCCGCACAAACAGGCAAGCCCGGCUCAUAAAAAUGCAAUGCUGUGCUAGUGCAAAGUAGGCCAGGACAACACAGUCUGCACGAGCAGUAUGUGUGAACGGGCGCAACAGGCUGAUGGCCUGAGCUGGCUCAGGUCUGUGGGGCCACAUUGGCGCC